AUGGAUUCAUCAACAAUUAUAUUUAUAUUUACUAUUGUUAUUGCUUUUAUAUUCUUAAGAUGGUUGAUUAGUCCUAUUCCUAAUGAUUUAGAUAAUACUGCCACUACAAAUACUCAAAGACAAACUACUGCAGUUGGUAAUGGUUCAAAUAGAUUAAGAAGACCAGUUACAGAUUCAAUGAUUGAAGUAGUACAAACUAUUGCUCCUUCUUUAACGGUUGAACAAAUAAGAUAUGAUUUAGAAAAUACUGGUUCUGUUGAAGUUACAAUUAAUAGAUAUAUGGAAAAUAAUUCAUUACCUUUCCCACCAAAUUAUCAACCAAGACUACAAACAAGUGAACAACAAACAACAAAUGAAAAACCUGAAGAAGUAGUAUCUAAUAUUAAUUUAUUUGAUAAGUAUAAUAUUGACUUAAUUAAUCCAAAACCACAAGAUUCAAUGUUGGCUCAAAAAAGACAAGAUAUGAUUAUAAAUGCAAGAAAAAGAUUAGAAAAAGAUUAG